UAACUUACUACUUUAGGAGCGUGAGCAAAUCUAAAAACGAGGAAGAAGAAGAGGAGGAGGAGGAGAUAGGUAGAGAUGAUGUCGAGCUCGGCCGCGGCCACAACCACGGUGUGCGUGACGGGGGGGAGCGGCUUCAUCGGCUCGUGGCUCGUGCGCCUCCUCCUCGCCCGCGGCUACUCCGUCCACGCCGCCGUCCUCAACCUCCAGGACGCGGCGGAGACGGAGCACCUGCGGGGGCUGGACGGCGCGGCGGAGCGGCUCCGGCUCUUCGCCAUCGACCUCCUCCGCCCGGACUCGCUCCGCGCCGCCAUCCGCGGCUGCGGCGGCGUCUUCCACCUCGCCUCCCCCUGCACCGUCGAUCGCGUCCUCGAUCCCCAGAGAGAGUUGUUGGACCCAGCGGUGAAGGGAACACUUAAUGUGCUCCGUGCCGCAAAGGAGAGCGGGGUGAGGCGAGUGGUGGUGACGUCGUCGAUCUCAGCCAUCGUGCCCAGCCAUGAUUGGCCGGCCGACGUGGUGAAAGAUGAGAGCUGUUGGACCGACGUCGAGUACUGCAAGAAGAAUGAGCUUUGGUAUCCAGCUUCCAAGACAUUGGCAGAGAAAGCAGCAUGGGAGUUCGCCAAGGAGAAUGGAUUGGAUGUGGUUGUGAUCAAUCCGGGCACGGUCCUGGGUCCGAUAAUUCCCCCUAAAAUCAAUGCUAGUAUGGCGAUGAUUGUCCGUCUGCUUGAAGGCUGCACUGAAGAGUAUCCAGAUUUUUACAUGGGACCAGUCCACGUCAAAGAUGUCGCACUCUCCCAUAUCAUGCUAUUCGAAAACCCGGCAGCAUCUGGAAGGCACUUAUGUGUGGAAUCCAUUUCUCAUUGGAGCGAUUUUGCAUCCAAAGUUGCAGAGCUUUACCCUGAAUACAAAGUGCCCAGUUUUCCGAAGGAUACACAACCGGGGUUACGAAGAGCCCCGAAGGCUGCGAAGAAGCUGAUCGAAUUGGGCGUCGAGUUCAGCUCCAUGGAGGAAAUUAUCAAGGACUCGAUUGAGAAUCUUAAGAGCAAGGGCUAUAUCUCCUGAGAAAAGAUCUCUACAUGGAAGAAGUGUAUAUGGGGCCUUUAGUUUAUGCAAAAAUAAGUACGCAAAAGUGCCUCUUAUAGUCUCGUAUCUGAGCAUAUUUUUCUCCAGGAGCAUCGAACCUGCUUAUCUCUUUUACUCUUUUUUUUUUUCCAUAAGAAGCUCCUUUUGCUUCUAGUAACUUUGUGCUUUUUUGGUUGCUUGUAUAUAGUUUAUCUGACUUUUAAGAUGGAUCCAUUUUCA